AUGGACGAAGGGAACACCAACAUCACCAAGAUGCUCGAGGCUCUGCUCGCCAAGAUCGACGACCAGAAGGCGGCACAAGAGAAGCAGAUCGAGCUGCAGGCCGCCUUCAAUGCCCAGAUCUCGCAGGAGGUGCGCGGGCUCUCGCGGCAGAUCGAUCUGACCCAAGCGGACCUCGAUCUCACGCGCAAGACGCAGCAACCUCCUCCGCCGCCUCCUCCCCCACCGUCCCCGCGUCCCGUGCCGGAUCCAGCGCGGCCGUCUUCCUCGCACGCACGGCUGGGCGACCACCGGCCGCCACUUCUACCCGUGCCGACACAAGGCGGAUUCGUCGCCGCGGCGACCGCGUCACCGACAGGCUACCACACCAAGGAGUACCACAAGCCGCCGAAGCACGACUUCCCCAAGUUCGACGGCACGACGCCUUAUUUGUGGCUGGACCGUUGCCUCGCCUACUUCGAGCUCUACAAGGUGGCCGCCCACCACUGGGUCGCCACCGCGGCGCUCUACAUCGAUGGCCAGGCCGCGCACUGGCUCCAGGCGUUCCGGCAAACGCAGCGUGAUAUCACGUGGGAGCAUUUCACCUCGGCGAUCCUGGAGGAGUUCGGCGCCGAUGAAUUCGAAGUGGUGAUGCACAAGCUGCUGCAACUGCGUCAAACAGGCACUGUCGCCGAGUACCGUGCCUCGUUCGAUGAGCAGAUGUAUCACCUGCUCGCGCUCGAUCCUUCAAUCAACACCAAGUUCGUCGUCACGCAGUUUCUCCUCGGCCUGAAGGACGAGCUGCGUGCUCCAGUGCGCCUCCAGGCACCCUCCAGCAUCACGCGUGCCUCGGUGCUCGCCCGCAUACAAGAGGAGGAACUUGGCACGACCCGCGCGCGCCCUAGCAUCACUCUGGCGGGUCGACCACCUCCUGUCGCAGCCGCAGGGGCUGCACCACAGCGCGCCGCGGUCGCGCCAGUCCGCGCCCAAGGCGACGAGCACGUGCGGGAGCGGCAGUUGCGCGAUUUUCGGCGUGCGAAUAACCUCUGUUUCAAAUGCGGGGAUCGCUACUCCAGGGAGCAUCGUUGCGCCCAACCCGCGCAGCUGCUCACCAUCAACGUGUGUGACCACGGCGAGGUGCUCUCCGACGACACCAUCCAUGCCCUGCAACUACUCGACGACCCGGGCCCGGCCGCGCAACCUCCCGCUCCGGCCGUGGACGCGCCAGAGUGCUGCCUCCUCUCGUCGCAGGCGCUCGACGGCACGGACUCGGCGACCACUAUCAGGUUGCGCGCGCUGGUGGGAAACCAGGUCAUGCUCCUGCUGCUCGACUCGGGCAGCACCCACAGUUUCGUCAACAAGGCGUUCGUUGAUCGCCUCGGCCUCGCCACGGAGGAAAUGCCGCCGACAGAGGUGCGCGUGGCCAACGGCGACAAGCUCACCUGCAACCGCAUGGUGCCCGGCCUCAAAUGGUGGAUGCAGGGCCACACCUUCGCGACGCCCAUGCGCGAGCUGGAGAUCGGCGCGUACGACGGCAUUCUGGGCAUGGACUGGCUCGCCCAGCACAGCCCAAUGACAUGCCACUGGCAAGACAAGUGGGUGAAAUUUCUGCACGACGGCGAAGAGGUCACACUUCGCGGUGUCCCAACCAAGCCGGCCACCACGCUCAAGGCAGUCGGGCCCGAGGAGCUGCGCAAGAUGAUCGCCGACAACGAUGUCUGGGCCAUGGCCAUGGUGGACACCUGUGGCCCUGCAGCGCGCCCGGUUCGCAAAGGCCCAAGUCAAACACCGCUGGCUGAUCUGCUCGAGGAAUUCGCCGACGUGUUCGCGGCACCGCAAGGGCUCCCUCCCCAUCGCCAGUACGACCAUGCUGUCACGCUGGUGGAGGGCGCAGUCCCUGCGAACACGCGCCCGUACUGCUACUCGCCGCUUCAGAAGGACGAGAUCGAGCGUCAGGUCAAGGAGAUGCUGGACUCCGGCGUGAUCACGCACAACGUCAGUCCCUACGCCGCGCCAGUGUUGCUCGUGAAGAAGAAGGACCGCACCUGGCGAUUCUGCAUCAACUACCGUCGUCUCAACGACGCCACUGUCAAGAACAAAUUUCCCCUGCCCAUCAUUGACGAGCUGCUGGACGAGCUGGCCGGCGCCGCGGUGUUUUCCAAACUGGACCUGCAGGCGGGCUACCAUCAGAUCAGGAUGCAGGAAGAAGACGAGUCCAAGACGGCGUUCAAGACACAUCAUGGGCAUUUCCAGUUCAGGGUCAUAUGCCGUUCGGCCUCACGAACGCACCCGCCACCUUUCGGUGUGUGA